UUGCACUGUACGUUUCGCGCUUUCUGAACUCCCGACGUUUUGCAACAUUGCAUCAACAUAACACAAUCCAUCCUUGAUAUGGAAUGCAGAGGGCGGUUUGACAGCCCCGCGCAACCCCCUCCGCUAGGAUUGAUUUACGCCUGCCCUGACGCUUUAUCAGCCUGACGAAAAAAGUUUGACCAAUCAUUUUGCUGGAAGCUCCCAACCCGGCAGUCCCGACUGUACUUUUUCUUGGCUAGGAAGUUGAUGCUGGAGGAGAAAAGGGGGUUAAAGGCAGAGAGUCGCCUGUGGUUUCUUUCUUUUUUUCUUUUCCCCCCUUCUUUUUUAUUUUUUUUACAGCUUCCCCUCUAUAUACCCUAAUACUUAUAGAGCCUGCUUAACUACAGAUCUACUCCUCUCUCUCUCUCUUUUUUUUAUUAUUGCUUGCUUGCUUUUUCCCCUUCACUGAACCGUGGGGCUCGUAUGAUGUCCAAGAAUGUCCAUUUCUGGAACUCUUAGCAAUUAUUAUGUCGACUCCAUUAUAAGUCAUGACAGCGAAGACUCUCCCGCCGCCAAAUUCUCUUCCGGGCAGUAUUCAAACUCCAGACAAACUAGCCACAGUGAACACCUCGAGUUCCCCUCUUGUAGUUUCCAGCCCAAAUCCUCCGUUUUCAGCGCUUCCUGGACGCCACUGACGCCACACACGACUGCUACCCUUCCUUCGGUCUACCAUCCUUACAUCCAGCAUCAAAACGUCCCUACCUCCGAGAGCAGGUAUCUACGGAGCUGGCUGGACCCCGUGCCCCGAGCAGAGAGCAUAGCAGCCGGGCAGGGACCAGUUAAAACAGAGCCGCUGCUGGGACACCCCGGGGAGAUCCGUAAACAGGGGACACAGGAGUACCAUUUAGAAACUUCUGCUGGAAGGGAAGGGAUCGCUUCCAAUCAAAGGCCCAGCUUCGAGGACAAUAAAGUUUGCGAAGGAAGCGAGGACAAAAGCAGGCCAGAUCAAAGUAAGUUAUAAAAAGUGAGGAAGUGAACAGCAUAAAAACCUAAGAGGGGGUGUCAUAAAACGGCACAAUGGGCGAGGGAAGCUUUAAAAAAAAUAUAACCAGGUCUUAAAAGAGAAAUCUCUCCCUUCCCCCAGCCCUACUACGCCACCCCCCCCGAAAAAAAUCCCACUAGCGCUGUUCUAGCAUUGGAGGGGUGUGGGGGGUGGCAAAGAUUUAUCUGCUGCUUAUUGCGAUAUGUAUUUAUUUUUAAGUCAAUGGAAUACCAUGCAAAAGGGGGAAAUGAGAUUCGAUCUUCCUCUCCCAGUGGUUUGAAGAAGGGCAAGUCACAAUGUUUGUCUUGACUAUAUAGGAAAAUGAGCAGCGGGGGAAAGUGAACCGGGAAAGAUCGGCGUGUGUGUGUGUGUGUGUGUGUCUGUCUGUCUCUGCGGUUUUUAUCCAUCUAAGUUAUACUCAAAGCAGGGCCAUUAAAAUGAAUGGACGCCCGUCAUUCAUGUCCAUUAUUUCCAAUGGGUCUACUCUGAGUAGGACUAUCGUGGAUCUUUGGGUGGGGGAGGGGGCGAGAUCUGGGAAAAGAUAUUUGUUUUGUUUUUAAAAGGGGCCGAAAGAAGUUCACGUGGAGGAAUGAGGAGGGGGCUUUGUUACUCUGUGCCCUUGUUUACCUUGAAAGACCCCCGGUUCCCUCCGCCGCGCUUUCUUCUGUCACUCUCUCUCUCUCUCUUCCUGAUUGUUGAUUGUUGUUUGUUUAUGAAAUGCACCCGACAUGCGUAUGAAUAUUUCAGAGCCCAAAGCCGCCGCCCUCUCUCCCCCCACCUCAACAAAACAGUAAAAUGGGGAACGAGCUUAAUUGGGUCUUUUAUUUCCUAAAGGGGAACAGACUGGCAAACUCUUAAACUUAAUCGUGUGCUUCAUUUUGCAACCUGGUGGUGGGUGGUGGCUAUUAUCUCCCUUUCCUGCUCCACCACCCCACCCCUACGCGGAAAAAUAUAUAUAUAUAGCGAAAAGAGUUUGGCGAGGGAUGGAGGUACAAUAAAAUAUAAUAGGAAUCAUCUUUGCCUCUUACGUAUUCUUCAAGGUAAAGAAAGAGGAUGCUCUGAAGGCUGUCUCCACCGCCUUUCCCCCUGUGUGAGACGUUUCAAACAGCCGAAGAGCUCGAUUCAGUAUUUUGGUUGGUGGGGAAAGUAUGACUUAGAUGGUUUAAAAUCUCAGCGCAAGUCAUUCAUCCGAGGCGAUGGCUUCCUGGCAUUCUUGCGGGGGGCCGGGGGGUGGAAUGCAGUCUAUCGAUUUGUCACUAUCUUUUCCCAACUGAUUUUUUAUUUUAUUUUUUUAAAGCUUUAUUAUUAUUUUAAAAAUGUAAGUUCCCAGUCCGGUGGAGUGGGGAAUGAAACAGCGAGAAUUUUGAACUGCUGUUGGGGCAGUUCUGUACGUCUUCGUCGCAUUUCACUCAGCCUUGCACAGUGGGAGGGGGGCGAAUAAGGGAGUUUUUUGUGUACUGUGUUUGUUGGGACGCUGGCAGGAUAUCUGGAUCAGCGGCUGAAGAGAACGGUAGAGAAGAAGUAGAAGGGUGCUUAAAAAUAAAAAAAAGCUUAUGUGCCCCCCUUUACCCUCCUCCCCACCCCCAUCUUUCUCCCCAGCCCCGGGACUGAAGAUAGAUAAAAAUCUUACCCAAGAACCCUGCUCGAUUCCAGAGGCCCAGGCUGCCCAAGGGCGUCCUGUGCAAUCUAGCUUAGAAGGUAUGUUUGGUCUGAUAUGGAGAGAAUGCUAUAAAAAGAAGAAGAAGAUGGAGGGAAGGAAGAAGGAGGAAAAGUCCGUGGCAGAAGCAGAAGUUAAUGGUCUGACACUUGCCAUGCCCUUCUUUCCCAUUCGGAAAGCAUUGCGCUUUUGAGAAUCCACACUCUUCGAGAAGGUCUAAUUUGUGUAUAUAUAAAUGUGUGCCAUUUUGGGUUGUGUGUGGGAUGGUGGGAGAGCAGCGUGCCAAGCGAACAUUUCUCUCUUCUUUUUUUUGUUUGUUUGUUUCCUGUUUGGGGAAUAGUGUGAAAUGAAAGAUAAACUUGUUUUCCUGUGGCAGACGUCAUGUUUCCUUGAAAUGCCAAGAAAUCACGCACAUACAUACACACACACACACACCACUAAAAGGAGGGCCAUUGGUGGAGAUUUCAUCCAAAUGCCAUUAAAAGAUAGGUAGCGGUAUUAAUUAUUAACAGCAUGCCUCUUUAAUAUUUAAUUCUGCCUAUUAGAGCCAGUCACUUCUGUUGUGGAAUCGGCUGCUCGGAUUUGUAAGACGGGGGGAGCUAAACCUGGUUUAAAAAACAACUCCGAAUGCAUUUCAUUUUGUAACUUGCAAGGAAGUGGCAUCGGUGCACCUCCUGCACCGCUUAAAACGAUCCCUAAGUAAGACAGAAGUUUGGCUUUGGACUAUAAAACUCCCCGUUUGAUUAUCAACAAGAGUUUCAGUACUGACCAGCCGGCGCAGCUCAAAUGUAUUCUAGGUUUCUUUUGUCAAAUAUUCCGUCACAACGAGGCUUCUUUAAUCUUGAAUAGACCUAUUACAAUAUAAAUAUAUUCUCUCUCUCUCUGGGUGGGUGGGUGGGUGUGUUCCUAUCUCCUUACGCAGAAAUGGAUUCUAUCCACACUCUUGUUUCUGCCAUGACUCCUGCAGAGAGGGAUCCUAACCCUCAUGAAGUUGUUUCUUGAAUUACUAUUCGGGCUAAAUAAAUAAAUAACCCCCCCCCCCAACACUGGGAGCGAUGCACAGUCCGCUGGGCAGGUCUUACUAUGUGUCUUGCGCAGGAUAGCUUCCUGGUGAAUUGUGGCCUGUGUUCACUGUCACCCUGUGCUUCUCCAGAGUCUUUUGCGGUGCUUAGGAGGACCGUGAUGUAAACACCUCUUUCCGGACAACACAUACAGGCAACAACAAGCAAUUGGUUUCCCCGCUGGCAGGGGUAGCUAGGGUGUCACAGGUCUUCUUUUUAAAAAAAGUAAAUUAUAAGAAAGCAGAAGAGAAGGAGGGAGUGCUAAAUUAUGCAUAGUUUUAUAUGAAUCAAUUUGUAUAUAUGACACUUCGCUAGAAAGGCAAUCUGCGCGCCACGAUCCUCCAAAGAGGCGCAGGAAAUUAAAGAAUACUGUAGAAUACUAUGACAUCUUCCCAUAGUGUUCAUCUGACAAUAGACCCUUCCUUCCUUCCAUAAUCUCCCAUCUAUCUAUAUAUAGAGAAACAGAUGGACACCCUGUGUGUGUGUGUGUAAAUAUAUUUCAUCCUUCCUUCCUUUCCAUUCAACCAAUAGCUGCAUCAUUUGCUAUAGUCUCUAACCACCUUCCAGUGUCAGAAAAAGGCUCCGUUAACUUUCCCUUUUUAGUAUCAGUUUCUUCCCCAGACAUAUAUCCAACCUUGCACAUAAAUGUUCAAAUAUUAGUAGGCAUUCUUUCUACAACUGUUCGCUUGUUGCUUUUCAAAGGUGGCUUUCAUUUAUAACCUGUAAUGUACUUGAGGGGUGCCCCUCUUUUACGUGGGUGCUCAUCUUCUCCCAGCUCAAAAGUUGACCAAGAGUCCCUUCUUCUGAGGAAGCGGUGUGUGUGUUUGGGUUGUGUGUCUCUGUGGAUUCCAGUGGCGCUUGUCUGACGGGGCCUCCUCGCUGUCUUUCUUUUCCAGGUAACCCUGCAGCCAACUGGUUGCACGCUCGCUCUUCCCGGAAGAAACGAUGCCCCUACACCAAGUACCAGACCUUGGAACUGGAGAAGGAGUUUCUGUUCAAUAUGUACCUCACCAGGGACCGUAGACACGAAGUGGCCAGGCUCCUCAACCUGAGCGAGAGACAAGUCAAAAUCUGGUUUCAGAACCGAAGGAUGAAGAUGAAGAAAAUGAACAAGGAGCAAGGGAAAGAAUGAUGCUUUCCUUCUCCCUUUCCACACCCCUCCCUCUUCUCACCCCCAAUUUUGCCCCCGUCUCGAAACUUAUAUGCUGUAUAUUUAUGGGCACUGACUUGCCAGCGGUGCUUCAGAUAGCAACGAAACCACGCCAAACCCGAACAGACCACCGUGGUUUGCAUGCAAAAGGUGCCCAUAAUAGGAAUGCACCUGUUUUCAUCCCGUUGAGUCUUUCUCACUGUUAAAGAUUAUUGACGAGGUAACGCCAAUUUGGGGCACAUGUUUGUUUGUUUGUUUGUUUGUUUGUUUGUUUCCCCUUUGGGUGCAUGUGUUCCUUCUACCGAGAUAACUGAGAGGGUCCCAUCUAUGCACAUAAGUCGUUCUUUCGGAUAGUCCUUAUAGAGCCCCUCAGCUGGUCCCUCCAAUGAAAAUAAGCAUCUACAUCUGACAAGUGCUCUGUCCCGAACACAAGGUACCUUCCAACCUGGGGUUCCUCUGGGCAAACUGCUUAGAAAUGAACGGAGGAGUUCCACGGCAACAGUGGAGAGUCCUGGGACCGGGGGAAUUGUGCCUCUCAAUACCUUCCCCCAUCUUAUAUUCCUAUUCCUAUGGAGAGGAGAUGGCCACAUCGCUCUCCACGGAGCAAAAAGCGAAUCCGAUAAGGAAUAUCAAAUGAAGGGAACCAGUUAAACUCAUCAACUUUUCGAGGACUUCGCCUCCAUUUCUUGAGGGGCAGAAGAAGUCCCAUUGCGUAGGGAACCCGCACCCCCCCUUCCUUCACAUAUAUUCAAAUGGGGCAGGAGAGAGGUUUAUUAAUGAAACAGGGAUGUCAUUUUCACAAAUGAAGCCCGCCGCCUAAUCAAGGGUGCAAGGGAACCAUCCCGAGGCCAAACAGGGCGCAGGGCUUUUGCGAGGCCUCCCCUUCCUUGCGCAGGAGAACUUCCCCACAGCCACCAUCGCGUUGUGCUUCUCCUUUCCCACGAAGUUUGGUUUUAACUUUUAAAGAGACGAGCCAUGUUGAGUUUUGGGGAAGGGGCGCACGCUAGCUUUGCAAAAGUGAAGAGAAGGCUGUUCCCACCUGUGCUCGAUUCUUUAUCAUUUGCAGUGGAAAUGAAUUUCCGUGAAACUGUUCAAAGGCCAAGUGUGGGAUGGGGGUCCCUGGGUCUUCCUUUCCCCCCACUCGCCCAUCCACCCUCUCUUUCUCCUUCAUCCAGACUUCUGCUGAGAAGUUUUGAUACUUGAAUGUUUCAAGGGAUGUUUUCCCUUAUACCCCAUUGCUCCUGGAAGACAUAUAUAAAUCCAUCUUUCAUGUUCACAUGAAAAAGAACUCUUGAGUGGCAUAAAAAGGUCGCUAUGGCAUUUGGGGUGGGGACUGCCCCACAGAUAGACAUCCUCACUGUUUACAAAAAGGGGACAAAGAAAGAACUCCCAUUUCAUACUCGGAAAAAGGGGGUGACCAUAUCUGAAAUCUCUGCUGGGGUCCUACCCCACUCCCUUUGAAAUCGCCCACAUGGGGUUCUGUUUCCCCAUGUGUUUAAAAUAGUUUUAUCCCCACCCGACUCCUGUCCAUCUUUGGUAGGACUUGGGAGGGGGAAGUAGGUAGGUGAGUAACUUUAGUACAAGGUGGUUUUACGGCGCGUACGGAUUUUCGUUCUUUUGUUUGUUUUCAUAGAAGGGGGGAAUGUGUUCGUGGUUGUGAUUUUGUGAACGUUCCGCUUGUUUUCUGUGGCUUUUAGGAAUAUAAAAAUGGGGUCUGUACCUGUUAGUUCCAGAGCUGGCGAAAAAUAUACAUAUAGAAACACGCCCCCCCCUUCAAGCCUUCGUAUAACCCCCACUCCCUUCUGAUUUACCACUUCUAGAAAGGACACCUUUACGUGGUGAAAAAGUUUUCCUAGAAAAACAAAGGGGGUGGGAAAUAGGUGGGGAGAGAGAGAAGAAAUUAAUGUCUGUCUUUCGGAAUGUUUCGAGACAAAACAGUCCCAGCAGAGAAAUCUAAUUUCAUAGAAUAUUAUAUAGGACUUUUAUACCAUUUUUGCCUGCUGAUAAGCAGUUGUGCUUUAGAGAUUUGAUAGGCAUAUUUUGAUCUUUCGACAUGGCGUGGCCUGGUUUGCAGGCUUUUCCUGAGGCGGGAAGGAAAGAAUCCUUUUAGGGUUUUUAGUUCAGCGUCAAAGAAAAUAAAAUCUGCAUUUUUUAAAUAAAAAGGGUUUUUUUUGGGGGGGGGGUUCCUAUCACUUUCUCUUAGAAUCUUCCCGUCCUAUAUAAGUUAUUGGAGGGUGGGGAGCUUGCAGGAGUGAUAUUCGACGAGGCAAACUAUAAGCGAAUUCCUUUUUAUAAAGGUUAAACUUUAGAGGGUCCCAGUGGCUUAAAUUAGUCAAACUUCACAUUGUCUUAUAAAACCAGUUCCCUAAUGGAAUUUCCAAGGAAGCGUCCUAAUUCCGCCUCCCUCCUACUAAGUAUAAAAUCGGAGGUGUUUUGUUUUGUUUUAGAUAGUAUUUCCAUCAUUGGAGUGUAUUUUGAGCCAGCUGGGGUUGGGUAGAAUUCUGCGGUUUUGUCUGUUUCGGUUUUUUAACUCGCUGGUGCACUAAGUGAAUCUGAAACCCGACAGGACGCGGAGAGCAUCUUUCAAAAUCGCCCUGAACCCCCUUUCAGCGCUAACAUUCACAUUUUGUAAAGAAAGCCGUCUCUAUAAAUGUAUUAGCAUAUUCACUCAUUUUAGCCAUAGGCUCAUUCCUAGACCUUAUUAGUGAAGACAAGAGAAGUUUUUUAAAACCGCAUUUUUGCUAAAGCUUGGAUUAAUAAACAGAAUUAAAUUUAAAAUAAAUAAAUAAAACUAGCUGAUUUCGUUAGAGGAAACUCUGUUCUUAAGAGUGAGAGAAAACGUUUGGAAAAACCUUCUGUUGUUUCUUCUGUUCCAUCGGUUCAAAAUGUAUUUUCCACAGCUGUUUAAUGCCUCAAAACAAAAACCGAUUUUAGGGAAGGGAGACCCCCCCCCUACCUAUAUCUCAUUGUGUUAUACUGCUUCUUCUAGAACUUCAGAAUAUUUGCAACUGUGUUCGUUUGUUUGUUUCCUUUCCUGGCUAUUAAGGGUGUGUUAUAAAGAUAGUUUUGUAUUGUUUUGUUUUCGUUUGGUCAGUGGCUCCCCUUUUUUUUACGUCACUAAGAAAAGCUGAUAAUGAUUCAAUUUCGGCGCGUUUUUGUUUUCUUCCCGUGUGAAAUCGGUUGCAUCUAUAAACCCAUUCAGCAAAACAGAAAUAAAGCGGUUCUCCGUCUUUCCAUUUGUGGCGAAAAGAGUCGUUAUUAUUACUUUUUUAAAGCCAAGAAAAAGAAUGGACGGACGGAUGAAUGAAUGGAUGGAUGGCUGGGUGAAUGAGGGAAAGGGGGGGAAGUAUGUGCGUGAGUUAAUAUUAUGUUUACACAUUACAAUUUGAGAGGCUUCUACAUGCAAUCCAAUGAUGGUGAGGCGAAGGUUCUUUUCCAGGGCUGGGACGAAGUAGAUCCAGGAUCCCCCAACUUACAUUGGAGUUGAAAAGAAAUAGAAAAAGAAAAAAAAAGAAAUAUAAUGCAGCUCUGAUAAACAUAUCUUGCCUUACAACUCAUUCGCACGGCCAAUAAGCUUUCAUGUAAUGAUCCUUCCCCAAAGUGACUUGUCCUACAUAUUUCAAUUAGAACCAUUACCAACUGGGAAAGGGAUAUCCAUGUGCUGUUUUUAAUAGUGUUUUUCAAUUACCCACGACCAAAAAAAAUCUAAAUAAUGAGGCCAGAAACAAACCAACCACGAUUUUCUUAUAACACAAAC